CACGGAUACUCAAUCAAAUGGCUGCGUCAACCUGACGGGUAGCUCAGAAUGCUGUGGAGAUCCUCCAAAUAUAUGUCCUAUCCUUCUAUGGCCACUUGUAUAUUUCAGCUUCGUUCUCUUCGUCUUUCUACGCCAUCUGUCUAUCUGUUUUCACCGGUUUCUACUUGCUCCGAAGAUCUCUACCCAAGAUGGUCUUCAUACCGCCAGCAAGCUCCCCAGCAAUGCUUGACGUUCCUGACACCGUUUCGCUGCCGGAUUUCGUACUGGACAACAAAUACCGAUCGGUGCCCCAUGAACAGGCGAGGAAUCCAUUCACGUGCGGCUUGUCAGGGACGACAUAUACGUCAUUGGAGUGGAAAGACAGGAUCGGCUGGCUUGCCAGAGCUCUUCGCCAGGAGCUGGGAUUCGAGGUCAACCAGGGGACAGAGUGGGAGAAAAUCAUUGGCAUUUAUACUUUGAAUACUGUCGAUACUCUGACAGUAUCAUUCGCGGUUCAUUACCUUAAUGGAAUUGCCUCACCCGCCAAUGCAGCGUACUCAGCUGCCGAGCUUGGAUACCAGUUAAAAUUCGCAGGCGCGAAAGCCAUUUUUACCUGCAUCCCUCUCCUCGAAAAUGCUCUGCAGGCGGCAAAAAUUGUUGGAAUCCCAGAAAAGCAUGUCUACAUAAUGGAAAUGCCAGAUGCGUUCACAGGUGGCAAGAAGGUACCAUUCAAGACUGUAGGAGAGCUCAUCGAGCAGGGUAAGCAUUUGCCAGCUAUUGAGUCCUCGAAAUGGACCCAGGGCCAAGGUGAGAGACAAACCGCGUUCCUAUGCUUCUCAAGUGGCACAUCCGGAUUACCAAAAGGAGUCAUGAUCUCCCACCGGAACUGCAUCACGAACAUCAUCCAGAUAACCCUUCACGAACAAUUCGCUCGCGCCGGAAAGGGGCCUAAAGGAGGGCCACGCCGAGAUGUAGCCCUGGGCCUUCUCCCAUUCUCCCACAUUUACGGCCUCGUAAUCAUUUGCUUGACCGGCGCAUUCCGCGGCGACGAGACCAUCGUGCUCCCCAAGUUCGAGCUGGCGACCUUACUCCAAGCCAUCCAAGAAUACAAGAUCAGCGUCCUCUUCAUCGUUCCUCCCAUCGUCAUCGGUCUCAUCAACGCCCACCAAAUCUCCUCCCGCUACGACCUCACCUCCGUAGAAUCAAUCUUCACCGGCGCCGCCCCCCUCGGCGAGUCCACGGCUCGCGACCUCGCGAAACUGCACCCGACCUGGCUUAUCCGCCAAGGCUACGGAAUGACCGAGACGUGCACAGGCGUGUGCCUCACGACAGAAGAGGACGUCUGGUUCGGCUCCGCAGGCCACCUGCUCCCGGGCUUCACAGUCAAGAUCGUGCGCCCCGACGGCUCCGAAGUCACAGCCCACGACGAGGAGGGAGAGCUACUCGUGCAAUCCCACUCCGUCGUGCUGGGAUACCUCAACAACCCCGCCGCGAACGCGGAGACUUUCCUCCCCGACACGGAUGGAAAGGGGCGCUGGAUUCGCACGGGGGACGUGGCGAUCGUUUCUGUCGCGCCGAGUGGGAAUGAGCAUAUCACUAUUACGGAGCGGAUUAAGGAGCUCAUCAAGGUCAAUGUAAGUCCCCACUACUUACUGACGUAAUCCCCAUAUAUCCCCGUCUAACGAGACCAGGGACACCAAGUCGCACCAGCUGAGCUGGAGGCUCUUCUCCUCUCGCAUCCGUCUGUUGCGGAUGCAGCUGUGAUUCCUGUGCCGAAUGAUCGUGCUGGCGAGGUUCCUCGCGCGUAUGUGGUUAAGUCGUCGAGGGUGUCGAUUGAGGAUAAUGAUAAGAUUGUUAAACGUGAUAUUGCGAAGUAUGUGGAAGCGAAUAAGAGUCGGUAUAAGUGGUUGGCGGGGGGAGUUGAGUUUAUUGAUGUGAUUCCCAAGAGUCCGAGUGGGAAGAUUUUGAGGAGGUUGUUGAGGGAUAAGGAGAAGGAGGAUAGGAGG